AUGGAAUUGGCACUCCGCACCGACCAGGAGACGAGGAUAGAGGUUUCCAUCAUUCCGGAGGAUGUGAAAAAGAAAAAGCUCCCCACUCGAUCCAACAAGGAUGAGACCCCACAGGCAAUUGAAGAGGCCAAGAAAGAGAUUGGGAUAAACGAGAACACACGAGAAAUUUACAACCAUGUCCUCAGAAUAGAGAUAUUCGCUCCUAAUGUUCCCAAUCUUACCUUAGUCGACCUUCCGGGGCUGUAUACCGGCGAGAGUCUAAGGCAGUCUCGAGAAGGAGGGCGGGUUGCGUUCCAACUGGCUGAGAGGUACAUGAGUCAGAAGAGAAGCAUUAUCCUUGCCGUCGUAUCUGCUAAUACAAACGUCGAGAUGGACGGGGCUAUCGUGUUGGCCAAGAAAAAUGUUGACCCCAGUCUGUCGCGAGUCCUUGGUGUUGUCACUCAAGCAGACCGCAUCGAGAACGACCAUACAGCAACACAAUUAUACUUGCAACUUGCGAAAGGAGAGGACAAAAUGCUCAUCCUCAAACUCGGCUGGCAUGUCCUCAGGAACUUGUCAGAGGAGGAAGCCAGACUAGGCUGCUCAGACGAUGAUAGGGAUCGGAAGGAGUCCGAAUUCCUGAGCAACAGCGCCUGGAGAGAGUACUCUGCUGAACACAAAGGCAUCGACAACUUUCGCAAGAAGCUCAACCGACUCCUCCUCGAGCACAUCUCCCUCUCGAUCCCAGGCGUAAUCAGCGACAUUGAGGAAGCGAUCGCGAACAGAACUGCGGCACUUGAGCAACUUGGACCAUCACCAGUCGACGUUUUGGAUACCCGAGACUAUCUCCACGACGUGACGAGUUUCGAACGCACCCCCGAGCAGGCGCCAACGUCGAAUGGGUAUUACUACUCACCGGCUGGAGAUAUUAACUCGGAUCUGAUCGAAAAGUUCUACAUUCAUCUCAAAGACCCAGAAGAAAUUACAGAACCCUUGUUGAAGCAGCACUGGGCAUCCAAAGUAGUGGAGAACCGCGGCCAGGAAUUUCCAGGGGAGACGAACCCCUUUGCCAUACUGGGGAGGUUCUCAGAACAAUCGACCGCGUGGAAGGGCCUGGCGACCGAUCAUCUUCAUCUCUUGGUUCAUGUGGCAACAAUCUUCACCGAACAGCUCCUCCGUCAUAUUCUAGGGUCGGAUCCUGCCACAUUUGAUAGAAUAAUGGCUAACUACGUCACUCUAUUCUUCGCGCAAAAGGAGCAAGUUCUGAGAAGGAAGCUCGAGGAGAUUUUGCCUUCCUCUAGUGAAUACGAGAUCGCGAUGGAGGACGAAAUCGAGCAUGAUACCAACACUCGAUACAGAACUCGACUUAACAACCAGAUCUCGAAGUUGGAAGUGGAGUAA